GCCCGUCUUUACAAAAGUGACUUCUCUGACCAGAAGUACUUCUCCCCCAGGUACUACGUGCAAGGAGUGUGCCGGGAGGGAAGCAAGUGUCUGUUCUCACAUGAUUUAUCUACAAGCAAAUCGUCUACUAUCUGCAAGUACUACCAGAAGGGGCAGUGCGCCUAUGGAACUCGGUGCAGGUACGAUCACACUCGACUUCCCGCAUCAGGGGCCGCAGCAGCCCCUGCGCCGCCUCCCCUCUCGUCGGCAGCGCUGCACAACCCUCGCCACCCUCCCGAGCACAGCGCGCCGAUAAUCAGGAGCAAACUGCACGAGACUGGCAAACGGGAGAAGAAGACGCUGGUGCUCAGGGACAGAAAUCUGCGUGGCUUGAACGAAGACAAGCAGAAACCCAGUGCCACGAGCGAUGUGGUGUGUUGCAGUGACCAAAACGAUAAUCUGGAAGCGAAGCCCCAUUCGUAUUUGGAAGCUAUUUGCAGCGGACUGGAAGAUCCGGUGGCUGGAAGCUCCUGUGCUGAAGGAGAGCAGCUGUGUCCUUACGCGGCAGCGGGAGCGUGCCACUUUGGAGAUCGCUGCCUUUACCUCCACGGAGACGUGUGUGAGAUCUGUGGAUUGCAAGUGCUUCACCCUUUCGACCAAGAACAGAGGAAGGCUCACGAGAUGAUGUGCAUGGCGACGUUUGAGCAUGACAUGGAGAAGGCCUUUGCCUUUCAGGCGAGUCAGGACAAAGUCUGCAGUAUCUGCAUGGAAGUGGUGUAUGAGAAACCGUCAGCCUCCGAGAGGAGGUUUGGGAUCCUUUCCAACUGCAAUCACACGUACUGCUUGUCUUGCAUCCGGCAGUGGAGAUGUGCCAAGCAGUUUGAGAACCCGAUUAUAAAGUCUUGCCCGGAGUGCCGUGUGAUAUCCGAGUUUGUCAUUCCAAGUGCGUAUUGGGUGGAAGACCAGGAGAAGAAAAACGAGCUGAUUGAAGCAUUCAAGCAGGGAGUGGGGAAAAAGCCCUGCAAGUACUUUGAACAAGGGAAAGGAACCUGCCCGUUUGGUGGGAAGUGUCUUUACCUUCACGCUUACCCAGAUGGGACGCGAGCUGAACCUGAAAAACCACGGAAACAGCUCAGCUCUGAGGGGACUGUGCGGUUCUUCAAUUCUGUUCGUCUGUGGGACUUCAUUGAAGACAGAGAAAGUAGGACUGUGACCAGCACGGAUGACGAAGUAACAGAGCUUGGAGAACUUUUCAUGCAUCUUUCUGGGGCUGAUGAGGAUUCUGCUACUUCUCAAUAAAGAGAACUCAAGGUGCUUUUGGCUGUAGCAAUGUAGCUAUUUAUUUAGCGAUGCUUUGACUUUACAGCACGGUUAGAAUGAAUGUGGCCUGUGGUUUCCUUGUGCUGGUAAAGUCCUGGUAAAGUUUUCAGAUAGUUUUUGUAUGGCAACAAAAAUACUAAAAUAUAUUAAAAAAGUUAAAUUGAUUGCAUGGAAAAAAAUCCCUUAAUCCCAAGAGGGUUUUCUCCCUCUUUGGCCUGACACGUGCUGUCCUGUGAGCUGCGUGGUAGUGUAAAUACAGCUCCUCUCUUACCAUUUAAAGCUGAAGCUGGUAAAAACUGUUGCUAAAUCUAUUUUGGGUGCUUUUUUUUUUUUUUUUUAACUAAAUCAACUAAGUAUCUAUUUAUAAAAACCCACUGGGA